AAGUAAGGAGGAACAAAUGGCCCAAGAGCUACCUACCAUGCACGCUGACGUUAUUCAUUUCUAGCUUCAAGUUUUGUGAGAAACAAAACAACCAACAACAACGUUGCUGAGAGAAAGCAUUGUCCUGUUUAGAAAUAACGGUCAUGGCUUCUCUGCUCUCUACAACUGCAACCACACUUCAACAUAAUCACACAAUCUGCUUCUCCCCUGUCAAACCCACCACCGCAAAUACCAUUCCCUUCUCAACAAACCGUUGUUUCAAGAACAACUCUGCAAAGUGCAAUGCUUUUUUUGAUAAAUUCCCCAAAGACUUGUUGGAGACCACUUUUCAUUUGGACCAGUUCCCUGUCUUCCAAUCAGUGAUAGUGAAGUUUCAGAAUGUAACUGAAGACUUAUCAGACGUGCAGAGGUGGGGGCUUGUGAUCCUAGCAGGGCUGACAUGGGCUUAUUUCACCGCGAGGCCCGGUGUUCUCGUCGGCGCCAUUGAUGCAUUCCUCUUGGCUCCUAUCCAACUGGUUUUGGACAGUUUAUCUGGAAGGAGGAAUCUGAAGAGGACUGAUUUUCUUGUUGGAGAUAAGCUUGGAGAAGGGUCAUUUGGUGUUGUUUAUUCGGGUGUUUUGGUCCCAAGGAAUGUGGAUGUGCAAGAGUGGAUGCAGAAAAGUGGAAGGGACAAGGUGGCUAAGUUGGAUGCCAAAUCUAAGGAUAAAGUCGUUCUUAAAAAGGUAAAGGUUGGAAUUGAAGGAGCAGAGGAAUUUGGUGAUUUUGAAGAGUGGUUCAAUUAUAGACUCUCUAGAGCAGCUCCUGAAACAUGUGCUAAGUUUCUUGGUAGUUUUGUAGCUGAUAAAACCAAUUCACAGUUCACAAAAGGUGGAAAAUGGCUUGUUUGGAAGUUUGAGGGAGGCCGAUCUCUUGCUGAUUACAUGGCUGAUCAAAGCUUCCCUUCAAACUUAGAGUCUAUCAUGUUUGGACGUGUCUUGCAAGGCGUCGACUCUUCUAAACGAAAUGCAUUGAUCAUCAAGCAAAUAAUGCGCCAGAUAAUUACAUCUCUUAAGAAAAUUCACGACAUAGGCAUUGUACACAGGGAUGUUAAGCCUGCCAACUUGGUGGUUACCAAACGGGGGCAGAUUAAACUCAUUGAUUUUGGUGCUGCGACAGACCUUCGAAUUGGAAAGAAUUAUGUUCCUAAUCGUACCCCUUUGGAUCGUGACUACUGUCCCCCUGAGCUAUACGUGUUACCAGAAGAAACACUAAGUCUCCCACCAGAGCCUAUUGCAGCUUUCCUUUCACCCAUCUUGUGGCAGUUAAACAGUCCUGAUCUGUUUGAUAUGUAUUCUGCCGGGAUUGUACUCCUGCAAAUGGCAAUACCAACCUUAAGGUCUCCAGCUGCUUUGAAGAAUUUCAAUUUGGAGAUAAGAACAUGUGGAUAUGAUUUGAACAAAUGGAGGGCAUCUACUCGCAUGAGGUCUGACUUCCAAAUUCUUGAUAGUGACUCUAGUAGAGGGUGGGACUUAGCAACAAAGCUUAUCUCCAAGAGAGGUUCCCAAAGAAGAGGACGCUUAUCUGCUGCUGCUGCCUUGAGGCACCCUUAUUUCCUUCUGGGUGGGGAUCAGGCAGCCGCAGUUCUUUCUAAGUUAAGCUUAAGCACAAAGUGAGCUGCUUGCAAAUGCUAUGGAUAGUAUACCUAAUUCUUUUUGCUCGUUUGGUGUGAAAGAACCAUAUCACUGUCAAUUGAAGCUUUGUGGCAAUGUUAUUACAAAACGUCUGUUUCCUUCAGGGGGAGCUCGUAUGAUAUGGAUAUAAUGGCAUCCCAUCUAAAGGCCAACUAAUAUAUAAAAUGGCAAGCAGAAAUUCCUAGAUUUUGUUCCUUUUUUUUCUCUGUUUAAACCAGAGAACCUCCAGAAAGAUCUGAAAGGAAACUUGGUUUCAGUACUAUGAUACAGAAGGCAAAAGCUACACUUGCUGUCUUGCCAGUCUAAAUCUAUACCUUCCUUGUUAUCUGUCUGUCUAUAUGAUAGAGCAUAUCCCCUCUCAAAAUCAGUGGCUUAUUAAAACUCAGGAAGGAGUACUUAGUGGUUUUCAAAGACAUAAGCCUUCUCCCAUGAUUUCUUUCUUCAGAAGGUAAAUAUUCAGAACUUGGCAGGACAUGACCAGUAAUACCAAGGAGCUAGACACAAAAUAGAACUAAAGGAAGCCACAAUCUAUUGGCUAUUCUGAUAUGUAAGGUUUACUUAUUCCAUGAAAUUUACUUUCAAGAUUGGAUGGUUUAUUCAAUUUCAUUUGACACUUCCAUUCAACUAGUGCUCUUGAAUAAAUAUUGCUUCUCCAUAUUCCAGUCUAAAA